AUGUCAAUAACAACUUUCAUUGUGUAUGUUAAGUUUAGUAUUGUACGAAUAAUAUUGUUAUUGUGAUUAAAUAAUUGUGUUAAUCAAUAAUCAGUGAAGGUCAUGCCGGACGACUUGUCCAGCUCCGUGUCCAGCAGCUGGCGUGGCUUGAAGCUGGUCACCGUCACCGGCUCCAGCUGCGACGCCGAUGUGUCCACUUUGGAUGCUGAGCGUGACCUGACGCCGGGCAGCCUUGAGGUGUGGGUGGACCUGCCAGACACCAUCAAGUACGACCCGUCUCUGGCGCCCUUCAAGCAUCUGUAUGAGCAACACCAUGGAAAACUGGAGUCCACUGAAAAUCAAGAUGGCGACAAGUCAAUAUUUAACAAAAAUCCCACAGAAAUCAGUAAAAGUAAAGAAAACGUAGCCAAUAGUGAUGCCCCUGCAAAAGGAUGUGAUAAUAGAUUAUUGGAGCCUUUACACACACAAGAGGCAAAAAAAGUCAGAUCAGCGAGAAAAAAGCAGGUGGACCGCACGCUGAAAGUGGUCAAGCUGUCAAUCCUGGUGGCAGGAUGGGUGUUCCUGACAGCAUCCCUGCUCCUCAACAGAGAAAAGACAGACGUGGUGCUGCACACAGCAGUGAAGGAAGGAGAAGUUAAAGUAUACCCGUUAAACUGCACCCUAGAGCGAGUGACCCUAAAAGUGACUUUAACGGGUCCCUUUGACCAAACGGCGGGGAAUGAAACUGAUAAUAUUCUGCAAGUUUGGCUGGAGCGGACUUCUGGGGAUUACAUAGAGAGCUCCCCUUCCUGGUCGGUGCGACUGAGGUCCGAUGACGUCAUCGACUUCGCCGAAAGCGCCACUGACACGAAGACACUGGUGCUGGUGAAGCAUGCGAAUGGCUUAGACAGCGAAGACCUGGUUUACGGUAAUGGCUCAGUACUGUCCCUUCGAAUGCAGUCAUCCAGCAACACUACAGUCCCUCUCACCGUGAGCUACGUCAUAAGUCCUCUGGAAGAAAGAGACGGCCUUAUAUACGCGACUGUUCUCCUGUGCACUUUGUAUAUCCUCGUCAUAUUUGAGAUUGUAAACCGCACAAUCGCCGCGCUGCUCUCCUCGUCUCUCUCCGUAGGCGUCCUGGCGCUCACCGGCUCCCGACCCUCGCUGCCCGAGCUGGUCUCCUGGUUGGAUGUGGAAACACUGCUGCUGUUACUGAGCAUGAUGCUGCUGGUCGCCAUUUUGGCUGAGACCGGCUUACUGGAUUACUUGGCUUUGCUGGCUUUUGAGGUGACAGGAGGUCGCACGUGGCCCCUGAUCAACUGCCUGUGUCUCUUCACGGCCGUCUUCUCCACAUUCCUGGACAACGUGACCACGGUUCUGCUCAUGACACCUGUCACCAUCAGGCUCUGCGAAGUGAUGCAACUCAAUCCAGUGCCAGUCCUGAUGUCGAUGGUGAUUUUCAGCAAUGUGGGGGGCGCCGCCACCCCCGUGGGGGAUCCCCCCAACGUCAUUAUAGCCAGCCACCCCGCUGUGCUGAGAGAGAACAUAAACUUCACGACGUUCACGCUGCACAUGGGUGUGGGCAUCCUGCUGGUGUGUGUGCAGACAUAUCUACAACUACGAUACAUGUUUCGGGACCUGAACAAGUUGAGACACGACGUGCCCAGGGAGAUUCAAGAAAUGCGUCAAGAAAUAGCGGUGUGGAAGCGAGCAGCUGGCUCCUUGUCUCUAUACUCCAGAGAUGAGGAUAUCGUAAGGAAAGCUCUAGAAAAGAAGGUAGAAAGAUUGAACGCGGCAUUACUAAAGAGAGAGGCGGGCGGCGGCGUGAACAAAACUGACCCCAAGUUCUGCUCCACCCUGGCACAGAUGAAACAGAAGUACCGCAUCAGAGACAAGCCUCUCCUCGUCAAGUCUUGUGUCUGCGUGUCUUUCGUCGUGAUUGUCUUCUUCCUACACGCCUUUCCUUUCCUACAGCGGUUGUCUUUGGGCUGGACGGCGCUGCUCGGCGCUCUGCUGCUGCUCCUGCUGGCUGACAUCCAGGACCUGGAGCCAAUCCUGGCCAGGGUCGAAUGGUCCACGCUGCUUUUUUUCGCCGCGUUGUUCGUGCUGAUGGAGGCCUUGUCUAAACUGGGGCUUAUCGACUGGAUCGGCAAGCUAACAGGGUCUCUCAUCUUACAAGUGGGCGAGGAGUCGCGUCUUACGGUGGCCAUUAUGCUCAUAUUGUGGGUGUCGGGCCUAGCGUCAGCCUUCGUGGACAACAUUCCCCUCACCACUAUGAUGGUGCGGGUGAUAGCAGGUUUAGCAGACCCGGCGGGCCUAGCCCUGCCGCUGGCCCCAUUAGCCUGGGCCCUUAGCUUCGGAGCCUGUCUUGGAGGCAACGGCACUUUAAUCGGCGCGAGCGCGAACGUAGUCUGCGCAGGAGUCGCCGAGCAGCACGGAUACCGGUUCACCUUCCUGCAGUACCUGCGCGUCGGCUUCCCCGUCAUGCUGGGUAACCUACUCGUCGCCACUGGAUACCUUCUACUCUGCGAUGCUGUCGGAUGGUACUGAUAUAAACGUAAUGUGCGCGAGUGUCGCCGAGCAGCACGGAUACAGUUUCACCUUCCUGCAGUACCUGCGCCAUGACAGGGAUGUCAUGCUGGGUAACCUACUCGUCGCCACUGGAUACCUUCUACUCUGCGAUGCUGUCGGAUGGUACUGAUAUAAACGUAAUGUGCGCGGGAGUCGCCGAGCAGCACGGAUACAGUUUCACCUUCCUGCAGUACCUGCGCCAUGACAGGGAUGUCAUGCUGGGUAACCUACUCGUCGCCACUGGUUACCUUCUACUCUGCGAUGCUGUCGGAUGGUACUGAUAUAAACGUAAUGUGCGCGAGUGUCGCCGAGCAGCACGGAUACAGUUUCACCUUCCUGCAGUACCUGCGCGUCGGCUAGGCGGCGUACGAGUAAGUUACCCAGCAUGACAGGGAUGUCAUGCUGGGUAACCUACUCGUCGCCACCGGUUACCGGUUACUCUGCGACGCUGUUGGAUGCCACUGAUAUAAACGUAGUAUGCGCGGUGUAUAUAUUCAAUUUUUAUAUUUUUCUGACCUUAUUUCUCUUCUACAAUUAUUUAUUAUUUUGUAAAUUGUUUGUAAAAUAAACUAUUCUAUUCUAUUAAUAACUUCUUGCUAGGUUUUUAUGAAAAUCUAAAAAUGCCAAUCUAAUGCGAUGAGAUCAUACAAAAUAUCACAAAUUAAUUAAUGAAUCUACUAAUAUUGUUAUUAGCUAUGUAGGUACUUACGUACUUAGUUUAGUUGUUAUUCAAAUUUUAUUAUUACGAAACGAAUUGUAAAUGUACCCAAGUUUUAUUUUUACGUGAUAAUGUUAAGUGAAAUAUAUUUUAUGAAUUGUA